AUGGCGUCCAGGGUCUGCAGCAGCAGCAGCAGCAGCAGCAGCAAAUGGCAGCAGCAUCAGCAGCAGCAAAUGGCAGCAGCAGCAGCGCCAUUUGCAGAAGCAGAAAAAUACCCAACUCAUGCAACAGCCCCCCCCCUCGUGCUGCCACCGCCUUCGCAGCAGCAGCAGCUCAAGCAACAGCAGCAAAUGGCAGUAGCAGCAGCUUCAGCUGAAGCAGCUGCAUCGCUAGCAGCAGGAACGCCUUCAGCAGCAUCAGCAGCUUCAGCAGCAGCUUCAGCUGGAGCAGCUGCAUCGCUAGCAGCAGGGAAACCUUCAGCAGCAGCAGCAGCUUCAGCAGCAGCAGCAGCAGCUUGCCUGGUAUAG